CCGUUGGGGAGGGCAAACUCGCGCUCGCUUGCUCUCCAGGGCUGGGCUGUGACACAGUCGGGCGUCCCACAACAACACAGACGGGAUACUUACCACGGGACUUUGGAAUACGCGUUGCCUACUGACCCCCAUUACUGACCGGACGGGAUAAAGUUACUUGUUUGGAUCAGUAUGGGCGUGGACGAGGAGAAGACCAACACAUGUGGGACCAUUUGUCUGAAAUACCUGCUCUUCACAUUCAACCUCGUCUUUUGGUUGGCAGGGGGUGCUGUGGCAGCGGUGGGUAUAUGGACCCUGGUGGAUAAGAGCGAGUACAUCAGCCUGUUGGCGUCCAGUGCCUACUCGGCUGCGGCGUACGUCCUCAUCCUGGCUGGCUUCAUCGUGGUGGCCACUGGGAUACUCGGUUGCUGUGCCACCAUUAGGGAACACAGGGGAUUCCUGAUCGUGUACUUCGUCCUGCUCCUUUGUAUCUUCCUGUUGGAGAUCACUGCUGGGGCGUUGGCAUACGUCUACUACCAGGAGUGUUUCCCUUUCUGCUACCAGCUGAGCGAUGAGCUGAAGGUGAACCUGAAGGAGACGAUGGUGAAUAAGUAUGAGCAGCCUGGACAGGAGGACGUCACGCUGGCCAUAAACAACCUGCACCAGGACCUGAAAUGCUGUGGCAGUAACAACUUCUCCGACUGGAGGGAUGGGGAGUGGAUAAAGACCCGUGCUGGGGAGAGGGUGGUCCCCGACAGCUGCUGCAAGACCCCCUCAGAUCUGUGCGGACGCAGGGAUCAUCCCUCCAACAUCUAUAACGUUGAGGGGGGCUGUAUUAACAAGCUGGAGGAGUUUCUCCUGCAGCACCUGAAGAUCCUGGGAGGGGUUGGCAUAGGUCUGGCCUUCGUCCAGGUGGUGGGAAUGAUAUUCACUUGCUGUCUCUAUCAAAACCUGAAGGAGGAUCCCUACUGAGUCCAGAAAUUCUCUGGGCUUAUUACUCUGUGUUGUGUAAAUAACAUAAGAAUGAAGGAAAAAAAGAUGGGACGACAUGAUUAUCCAAAUCCAAAACCCUGAUCAAGCUCUGAGAGGAGGAGAGACGACUGAGAAGAAGAUGAGGCGUUGUUGUUGCUGCUGCUGGACGGCUGAUGAAGCUUUCUGUGACCUUAUGUGAUUUCCGUUUUCCAAUACAUAAUGAAAUCAUGAAGGGUCAGUGUUCAGAGGUGUCAAAAAGUAAAAGUUAAAGUAAAUUGAUGGUACAACAGCUCAUAGCCUAUUACAUAGCUGUUAUCCCAGUUAUUCCAUUGUACCUAAUGAGGUGGAUUGAUUCGUGAUAGAAUAAACCUGAAAACCUAAUAAGAAAUCCCACACAUUUGAUCCAAUCAGAGCACAGGUACAUUGGUUUCAGUUACUCAGUAAAGUCACUUUUGUUGGAAGGAAAUUGUGGCAAUAUUUUUUUUUGUACGUCUACUUUUACUUUUGAUACCUCUGUCAGUGUUUAUGAAUAAGUUAAACUCUAGAGAACAGGAGACGGUUUGAUAUAGGCAUAUUGAUUGUAAUAGAUUGAGAAAUGCUUUGCUUAAAUAUUGACAUGCCACACCCACCAUAAGGCUUAAGUUCACAAAAACAGAAGUUAUAUUUUACUUUAUAUUUUUCAAAGUGCAAUCUAGGACCUUUUCUAUCACAGAUGUAGACUGACAUAAGUAAUGAUGUUGAUAUUAAAUAAAAAGUUCUCAAUCCUAA